CUGUGCAGAAUAUGCAUAAAAAAUAAUUAAUAUUUUUUAUUGUCGACGUUAUCGCUCGCAACAAUGAGCGCUACGCUUGUUCCUAAUGAAGUCCUGGCAUUCCUGCAGUAUCAGCUGGAUGUCAUGGAUGAAGUUAGCAUAGAGCAAAUUUGCACCAGCAAUUUUACGGAAGAAGAGAUACGUGACGCCAAAUCACUUCUCUUUUCGGCAUUGAUUAUGGCCGACCGGAUGCCGUCUCGCAGGAGGGACGAGAAGGGAGAGAGGAGUCUACGGGACAUCAUCAAGGUGUUCAAGGAGACCGAUCCGGACGACGUGCCAACUUUCGUGGCGAAGGAUUUGCGUAAGCUGCCUCCCGUCACAUUCGACCACGUCGACGUCACCCGCCUUCUUAAGGACAUCACUUCAUUAAGGACUGCCCUAAAGGAGAUGGAGUUUAAAUUUGGAGCUUCCCAAUCCACCAUCAACGAUCUGCGUAAUGAGGUCGUCGCCCUGCGCGAUUCAAUUUCAUUAUGUAGGUCAACGGAGGUUUCAUAUGUGAACACACGUCGUGGAGCGCAACGUGAGACUUUUGAGUCAGCGAAUUUGACGACGCCGCCGGCCGUCGACCGCGUCACGCCGCGCCCCGCCCGACCCGCGCCUCUCCCGGAGAGCCCGCCUCGUGUAGCAAACCCGACACCGGCUGGCUACGCGGCCGCUGCCGCCAAGCCUCCCGUAAAGCGGCAAGAAAUCACCCGAGAUGGAGAUCCCGUUAAGCACAGGGACUCCCCGCGCCGUGCGGCACACUUGUCGAGCGUGAAUAGUCAUCCACUCGAUGAGGAGGGCUUUACAAAGGUAGAGAAAAGGAAGAAGAAAAAGAAGCCCUCCUCCAACAAGUGCGGUACCGCCCCGACCGGUAACAACCACCUGCUGCGGCCCGCCAUACCGACGACGCAGCUGUACGUGUCCCGCCUGCACCACUCCACCCAAGCUUCUGAUGUAGUGGAGUAUGUGCGGGUUAAGACCAAGUUUAUCGUGAGGGUCCAGCGCCUGGAGCCGCGCAAUAAUUUGAAUUUUAAUUCAUUUGUUGUGCGUGUACCGAGCGAGCAGCUGUCAAUCUUCAUGAGCGAGGAGUUCUGGCCCCGUGGUGUCGUGUUCCGGCGGUUUCGCGGGCGGCUUCGCAACACCCAGCCGAAGCCCAUUCAGCGAAAUAUGACACUGCCAGUGCCGUGAAUUGUAUAUAGUGUAGUGCUUAAUAGUUUUAGUUAUAAAAUAUUAUAUGUAUGUUAGUCUGUAAGGUAUUUAUUCUAUGGGUCUGUACAAUUUAUUGUCUGUUACCUGAAAUAAAUGUUAUA